AUGGGGAAGCAAGAGGGGCUUGCGGCACGUGGUACCGCAGCGGAAGGGGGCGCGGGGGAUAUGGCGGAAGAGGGGGAUGCGGAUGUUCACGCGGGGGAGGAUGCGGGAGUAGCAGAGAGCGAGGACGCGGGGAUUGCGGAGAAAUCGGAGGCGGGGAAUGAGGAGAACGCGGAGGCGGGGAAUGCGGAGAACGAGGAAGCGGCUUUUCUGAAUCGCACGCUUGUACUCGAUAUGGGGUUGUGCGUUAACGGAUUGCACAGCGGCGGGUCUGCGAGUUUUCACGGCCUGCAUUACUACUACGAUCUGCCCUCCCUCAAGGCCGCCAGAUUCACUCCCCUGAACGGGUUCCUGCAGGGCCUGAAGGAGUGGCAGCGGCAGCAAGAGCAAGGGGGAGGGGAGGGGAGCAACAGGGGGGAAGAGGCGGAUGGAAAAGGGGAGGCUGCUGGAAGGCGGUUGAGAGGUGUAUCUGGAGGGGAGGGUGUAUCUGCAGGGGAGGGUGUAUCUGCAGGGGAGGGUGUAUCUGCAGGGGAGGGUGUAUCUGCAGGGGAGGGUGUGUCAGCUACAGCCCUGUUUGCCCGUUUGGUGCAAGCAGACACACGGACCAGGGCCAUAGCGCAGGACAUCACCACCACGCUCAUCAUUCGAGACGGUCAUUACGGCUUUGACCCGUGCCGAGGGGAGCGCUGCAACUGGCAAAAUAUG